AUGAGUGGACUAUUGGAAAGUGAAAGUGAAAGUGAGAGUGGUACAGAAGAUGAUUUGUUUGCAGAUAGUAUAGUAUCCACUAAUUUAGACGCUCAAGUCGAUGGCUCACGAUUAAAUAAUGUUUCGAAUGUAAACUCGAUUGAAAAUAGAUUAGAACAGUAUAGUAGAAGGUUGUCACUGUUAGGAUUGGAAGUUGAGCACCCUAAGGAGGGUGAUGUUACGCCAGACUAUAGGAUUGAUAUAACGAUUGAAGAUCGAAAUGAAAAUUCAGUGCUAGUUGAAGGACAAAAUAUGCCUGCAACAACGUCUUUGAUAUUAGAAAAUAUUAAACGAAAUAUUGAUGACAAAAUUGUUAAUCUGGAUGAUCUGGAGGAUAACAAACUUAAAGCCUUAAGAUCUAAUGAAUCUCAAAUUGAUAAGAAAAAAAUUCAAAUAAGAUUUCAAGCCAUCGGAAAUGUCCUCCCAAUCAACCCAAAUACAUGUACCAUUUCUACCGAACAACCUUUUGCAACAGUAAUACUUUUUGUUAAAAGAAAACUAAAAAUGAAAGAUGUUUAUUGUUAUGUAAAUAAUUCCUUUGCACCAAACCCACAGCAAAAUAUUGGCGAUCUUUGGGAUCAGUUUAAAAUCGGCAAUGCCUUAAUUGUGAGUUAUUGCGCCACGGUAGCAUUUGGUUGA